AUGGCAAACAUGGACGUUAAUGAGUUUCGCGAGUUUGGCCGAGCGGCCAUUGACUUUGUGGCCGAUUACCUGGAGAACAUCCGAGACAGAGACGUCCUUCCGUCGGUGGAACCGGGCUAUCUGCACGAUAUGCUUCCCGAAGAGCUUCAGAACGAGCCCGAAGACUGGAAAACGAUCAUGGAGGACUUCAAGCGGUGCAUCCUUCCUGGGUUGACGCACUGGCAGUCACCGCACUUCCACGCGUUCUAUCCUUCGCAGACAUCCUACUCGUCGAUCGUGGGCGAAACGUUGGCCGCAGGACUCGGCGUCGUCGGGUUUAGCUGGAUAUGUAGCCCCGUCUGCACGGAGCUGGAGGUGAUCAUGAUGAACUGGCUCGGGCAGCUGUUGAAUCUGCCACGAUCGUUCCUGAACUGCAGCGAAGGUAACGGAGGUGGUAUUAUCCAAGGUUCAGCCAGUGAGUCCAUCCUUGUGGCCGUUCUGGCUGCCCGAGAACAAGCCGUUCGUCGGUUGCGCGAUCAACAUCCGGAUCUUACGGAAUCGGAGAUCCGUGGUCGGUUGGUGGCGUACACAAGCGAUCAGAGCAACAGUGCGGUGGAGAAAGCGGGUAUUCUGGGUGCGAUUAAGAUGCGACUAUUGCCCGCUGACGAAACAGGUAUCCUGCGUGGAUCUACCUUCAUUCAGGCAGUGGAAGAGGACGUCGCAAAGGGGCUGUUUCCGGUCGUAUGUGUGGCCACUCUCGGUACAACGGGCACGUGCGCCUACGAUAAUCUGGCUGAGAUUGGACCGUACUGUAACGAGCACGAUAUCUGGCUGCACAUUGAUGCGGCUUACGCUGGAGCUGCCUUGUGUCUGCCAGAGUACACGCACAUCAUGACCGGAGCCGAACGAGCCGAUUCGCUCAACUUUAACCUGCACAAGUGGAUGUUCGUCAACUUUGACUGCUGCGCGAUGUGGUUCAAAGAUGCCGGUUCGGUCACGAAGUCCUUCAGCGUCGACCGGAUCUACCUGCAGCAUCAGUUCCAGGGUCACAGUCGAGCUCCGGACUAUCGUCACUGGCAGAUCCAACUUGGACGUCGGUUCCGUUCGCUGAAGGUUUGGAUCACCCUGCGUACGAUGGGGGCUGAACGGAUCCGGCAGUUGAUCCGUUUCCACAUCCAGCUGGCGAACCGCUUCGAGGAGUAUGUGCGUACGGACGAACGCUUCGAAGUCCUGUGCUCCACACUGGCACUUGUGUGCUUCCGGUUGAAGGGCGAGGACGCUCACUCGAAACGCCUGCUCGAGAACAUCACCCAGCGCAAGAAGGUGUUCAUGAUCCCGGCCACGUACCAGGGCAAGUUUAUCAUCCGCUUCAUGAUCUGUGGCAUCGAUCCGCAGAUGCACGACAUCGAGUACGCUUGGAAUGAGGUUCGAACGCAGGCUGAUCUGCUGCUCGGUUUUGAUCAUAACCGCAAUGAGUUGAAGGACAGCGUAGAGCCUGUGGAGUCUCCGAAGCUGUUCGAGAAGGGCUCCGAAAUAGGCAAGAUCACGGAGAGCCUCAACGGGAUCAUGAUUUCUGACGAAAAGGGACAGUAA